UUAAGCAUUUGUUUAGUCUGGAACUUUUGAUGGAGUGUCUAGUCCAGCCAUUUUGUUUUUGGUUCUGGUAUAUAAAGCGCUUUAUUUUCUAUUUUAAUGUGUCAUGUUUCCUGCUCAUGCAUCCAACUUAAAAUAAUGGAAGUAAGAAGCAUAUUAGAGUCAUUCAAAGAAAAGAUUGAAGAUGCAAUUGCAAUGGUCCAUGCUAUGGAUGCUGAGGAGAAGCUUAAAGCUGUCCAGUACUGGAACAUUGUAUCAGAAAGGUUACAAGAUAUCGUCAACCACUCUGUGGAAGAUAUCAGUGCUCUCACUUUUCAGAUGGAAGGAGAAAAACUUCCAGAUUAUAUAGAUGCCUCACAAUUGGUAUCCUUGGGCAUGGCUCCAACAUUCAUGACGAGAUACAUAUCUGACAGUGAUGGGGCUACUUCGCCAAGCGGACGACGUGGCAGAACAUUCAGACACGUUAAUGGACACCUGAUUGUUACGGAUAGCAUGACAAACUUGGACAUGUUACAAAGCAGUGUGGGGUUAGAAGUGGAAGCAGGAAUAAAUGCACAGCAUGUGACAUUGGAGGGUGUGGAUAUGGGGGCAGAAGAGACAGUGGACGAGUGUGCCAAUAGAACAGAUCAGGAAACUAACUCGGGGCACGAAACUGAAAGUUCGGCAGCAAAUUCUUCUACUCCAGAAAUGCAAGUUGAAGAGAUGACCGAGGAAAGUGUUGGUGAUGGCAACACUGUGCACUUAAUGAUAACCACAAAUUCACAAUCGUCACCAACCAAAGAACCCGCCCUGCAGUCCACUGUGCAGCGGAAGGGACGUCGCGGAAAGAAGAAAGAGGGAGAAAACGAAAGAGAAACAGACGCGGAUGAUGCUUCGUAUGAAUGCGAAUACUGCCAAAGGGCAUUCAACACUCCCUCACAACUAACAACUCACUCCUGGACCCAUACCAAGCCCUACAGCUGCACCGACUGUCAAGCUCGGUUCUCUACCAAGGGAAAUCUCAUUGUUCACAGCCGUCGACACAGCGGCGAGAGGCCGUACUCCUGUCCGAGUUGUGACGCCAGUUUCAGUACUAAAGGAAAUUUAAAGCGACAUGUGAAAUCCCAUAGUGGCGAGAAGCCUUGGCAAUGUACUCAGUGUGGCUCCCGCUUCACAGAAAAGAAGUCUCUUAAAGUUCAUAUGCGACGGCACACAGGAGAGCGACCUUACCAGUGUUCCGUGUGCCUGAAGGCUUUUUCACAAACCAGCAUUCUCCAAUCUCACAUGGCUAUGCAUCUGAACCAACGAGCACACUUGUGUAAUCAGUGUGGGAAAUCGUUCAGACAGAAAUCUCAACUUCGUCUUCACGAGCAACGACAUGCCGGACUACGAAAGUACGAGUGUACGCUUUGUCAAUUUAAGUUCCUUACAAAAGGUGACAUGGAACGUCAUAAACGGGUACACACAGGUGAACGGCCUUUCGUGUGUGACGAAUGUGGAAAAACUUUUACUCGGCAGCAGUCUCUCAAUGAACACAUGAACAGGCACUGGGGACUUAAACCCUACCAGUGCAAGUAUUGCAGGAAGGGUUUUGUGGAGAUGUCAGCUUGCUACAAACACAUUAAGACACAUGAAAGAUCAAAAUCUGAUUCUGAAAAUGCAAAACCAGAUGCCAGCACUGACUUACAAGGCAGCGGAAAUGGAAUAAGUCCGACCACGACAGACUCAGGUAAAUUUACGUUGUUACUACAAGGUGCAAAUCCAGACCCGGAAGUUGAACAGGAACACUUGUCAAACAGGGAAGAACAACCCCCGGCCAAUUCUGGUAUUACAACAGUUGUAAUUCAAAGAUUACCAAAGAAUGCAAUGACAUUGUAUAAUUCAAAGAAUAGUUCAGAUAUACAGCAUUUAUCUGACGGUAAAAUAGAACUAUUGAAAACAAGAAACUGUGUUGAACCUGUAACAGAAGUUAUAUCCCAGCACCACGACAUUCAGAACAUUGAUUUCACUGCAAUGAAUCUGCUAGCAUCUGCAUCUACAUUUCAACAAGGGAGUCUGUAGUUAUUGAAAAAUAAAUAAUUUUGGGGGGAAAAAUGUGAUAAGGACUGAACCAUUUUGUUCACUGGUGUGCCAUGGAUUUGGUCCACAAGAAUAGUAUUGAGUUUGUGGCCUUCAGAUGGAUUGAAGUCCGCUAGAUCUCUCUCAAGCGAAAGGGUUGUGCUCUACUAGUCAAAAGUAUUUAUAGAACUGAAGUUAUGUGCUGUAGGUACUGGAAUUUAUCUUGCCUUCAGGUAGUGUUACUGCCUCUGUUAUGUCUGACCUGCAUAUGCCUAGCGCUACUUUCCUCUUAAUUCUGUUAUAUAAGCAUCAGAAUUUACCAUCAUGGAUUGUAAUAUUCUGGGUUUUAAUGCCAUAUGGUCUUGUAGAAGUCACUUCUGUCCUCAAGACACAGAUAAUAUGAUCUUCUGAAAUGUUGAAAGUAUCCAUAAAACUACAUGGCAUCACGACCCAGAAGAGCACAGACUGCAUUUUCACCGCCAUGAAAAUCGGAGAUCUUAUAAAGAAUCUAUGAUCAUCUUACUAGGAAAGUCAAUACUGGUACAAAUAUUUUUUGUAAAGUAUAUAUACAUUUUCAGUAAUUUGUAAGUUCUGUCGAAGGUAUACACUUGAAAAUAGCCGUAGAUUCAUCAGAAACAUACAAAGUGGGAACACACAGUCAGUGUGAAAUUAAUAUGAUCAUUAAAUAAGAAACUAUCUUCUUAAAACUCAUAAGAAAAUGUAUUUUGUAUUGUGAACAAAAUACAUACACUUGUCACAUAAUAGUAAAGUUGUUAAUUUAAGGUGAAAGAAAGGGAGUAAUGCAUUUCAACAAUUGUUUGCUCACUUUUUGUUCUGUAAGGUUAGGUUAGGUUAGGUUGGGUAGUGUCAUACAGUUACACUGUCUGUGUGUCCCUUCUCUGAUAGAAAUACAAAAUUUCAGAGGUCUCAUGUUUGUUUACUUAUUUGUGGUUUAUUUAAUGACACUUAACCAUUCAGACUGUAUAGUGUUUAAUGAUGGGAUGAUUAGUUAAUGAUGAAUUGGAAAGGAUAUGGAAGGAAGUGUUUGUCUGAGUUUAAGUGAAACUGGAAUGUGUCGAUAAAACAUUCCAGUAUCAAAUUACAUGAAAAUCUGCUUAUCAGUUCAUGGGUUGUUACAUGCAGACAGACAGACAGACACGGUGAAGCUAAUAAGUGCAUCUUUGCAACCUUUAGUUAUGAAUAUGCCUAAAAACUAGUCUCAAGACGGACUGAUUUUCUAUAUAUAUAUGAAUAUGAUAUGACUGGUUUAAAAUUUUCAAGUCAGCUUGUUCUGUUGCACUUUUACUUUGGCACAGGUUAUGUUGUUCAUUUGUCACUGUGAAUCAGUUAAAAUGAUGCUAACACUUUAAUAGCGUUAAACUGAGAAGCUGUUGCCGUAUAUAGUAAUCUACCUUUCAGCGAUUCUUAUCUGUAAGUAUUAUAAUAUUUUUAUAUUAUUUCACACUUAGUAUGUGACUAUAAAUAAUAAAGUUAUAGUACUGUACUGUAAUUUAUAGGAUAUGUAAGUAUGUUUCCUUUGUAAUUAUUUCACUUUCCAUCAAACAUAAGGUUCGUGGAAAGGAGAUGAAAAUAGAGUAAAAUAUGUAAAAGAAUAUUUUAAACAUGAAUGAAUAAAUUUUAAUGCUGUUGAAUAAA